AUGAUGGCAACGAAUAGACUUCUAGUUAUAGUUUAUUCACAAACUUCAUGUUUCACCAAGAAAAAGUUAUCAGUCGCUUGUUUUCUUACCAUAAUCUUUGCCGCUGUCAAGAGUUAUCUAGUUCAAUAUAUAUUUCCAUGUUGUGCAUUUAUUGUAGAUCAAGGUGUCUAUUCUUACUCAUAUUAUACAAUAGAUGGUCGUGAUAAUUUAUCAGAUAUAAGUGAUAUUCCACUAAACGCUUUGACCUCAAUUUCAACAAUUAUUUUUUAUAGUUUGAUAUUUAAAAAUAUUCAUGAUACUCGUCGAAGUAUUCAAUCUUCAAUGACAUCUUUUCUUCAAAAGAAACGACGAAAUCAAGAAAUCAAAUACGCUUUUCAAUUCUGUUUUAUUUCAUUUUUUUAUACUUUUGGAUGGAUACUUUUUCGAUUGUUUCAUAUUCUUUUCAAAAAUCAGAAUCUUGGUUGGUUUAUUCUAAUUGGACUUUUCAAUGUUUGUAAUACAAGUGCAAAUGCGUUUGUCUAUUUGAUUUUCGAUCGAGAAGUUAAGCGGCAAUUCAAAACAUCGCAACAACAAAAAUCACCGACAGUUACUAUUCAGCCGAUUCAGAAUAUUCGACAAUUGUAA